AUGGCGGACGCAUACACAUCGCACUUCGGCAUCAACAACAUUCCCUAUGGCAUUGCAAGCUCGGCCAAGAGACCACAACCGCAAGCCGCGACUAGAAUCGGCGACGACGUCAUCUUCCUCACUGAGCUCGCGAGCCACGAGUCUUUCAAAUCAAUCGGCGCAGACCUACCAACUCUCUUCUCCCAGCCAAUACUCAAUGCAUUCGCUGCACAACUCCAAGAAGUGCAAAGUCACGUCCGCACCGCCAUUCAAAAUGCGUACAAGAACAAGAUCCACACCUCUUCGUCAGAGAACAUCAGAGACGUGACUCUCCACUUGCCCGUCGCAAUCGGCGACUUCACCGACUACUCCGCCAGCGCAAACCACGUCCUCAAUGCCGGUGAAGCAAUAACGGGCGUCCGAUCUUUCCCACCCGCAUUCCACAAGUACCCCGUCGGCUACGCGGGGCGGUGCUCCACGAUCGCCAUCAGCGGGACGCCCAUCACACGCCCGCUCGGUCAAUACAUCGAAGACCACGCCGCGACAGAGAAGAACAUCAUCUUCGGCGCCAGUCGGGCUCUAGACUACGAACUGGAAAUCGGCGCGAUCGUAGGCCGCCCCGUGGAGGCUGGCACUUACCUGAACGCACAGGAUGCGGACCAACACAUCUUCGGCUUGCUGCUUGUCAACGACUGGAGUGCGCGCGAUAUCCAGGGGCUGGAGAUGAACCCCCUGGGCCCGUUCAACGGGAAGAACUUCGGCACCAGCGUGUCGCCGUGGAUCGUCACGCUCGAAGCCUUGAGCACGCAUCAAGUCCCGGCUCCGGAGCGCAUGGGACCCGUUGCGCCGUUUCUGCACGAUACGGCGGCCGUCAACUACGACAUCCAGCUCACCGGGUCAAUCACGCGGGGUGGGACAGCGACGCAGACGUGUCGCGUCGGGUUUGACACGAUGUAUUGGACGUUCAGACACAUGCUUGCCCACCACACCAUCGGCGGGUGUGGACUGCGGACCGGCGAUCUCAUCGCUAGCGGCACGGUCAGUGGAGAGGAGGGGCAUCAGCAUGGAUGCUUGCUUGAGUUGACGACGAACGGGAGGAAGGCCAGUAAGCUGAACGAUGGGAGUGAGCUCAGGUAUCUUGCGGAUGGCGAUGAGGUGACGUAUGAAGCUGUCGUUGGAAACGGGAGUAUGGGUGUUGGGUUUGGGGCGUGUGUUGGUGUUGUGAAGCCUGCGAGGAAGAAUAGAUAG